GCGGCGGUGAGCCGCCUGUGCCACGUCGCCUUCCACGUGCCCCGCGGGCAGGGCCUGGCCAGCAACCUGGUGACCAAGUUUCGCUUCCGCCCCGUGGCCGUGCGGGAGACGGCGCGCGCCCGGCAGCUGGCUGUCUGCAAAGGCGCUGCCGUCUUCAUCGUCAACGAGAGGCGGGAGGCAGCCCCGUCCUCUGGUCCCACGUGGCCGUGGCCGGGCCCUGGAGCCGGCGACUUCCUGUACGACGUGGACCCCGCGUAUGCCGUGAGCACGGCCUGCAACGUGUGCUUCGAGCUGGAGGAUGUCCCCGGCGUCUCCCGGCGCCUCCAGGACCGGGGCUGCCGCCUGGCUGUGCCACCCACCGAGGUGACGGACGCCGACGGCUCCGUCACCUACUCCGUGGUGCGGUCCAUCGUGGGCAACGUCAGCCACACCCUGCUGGACCGCUCCCGAUACGGAGGACCCUUCUUGCCCGGCUUCCACGCGGUGACCGCUGCCCCUGAGGGGCCGCCGGAUGGGGCCGAGAUCAGCCAUGUGGACCACAUCACGUACGCCUGCCCCCGGGGCAGCGCACGCACCGUGCUGGACUGGUAUGAGAGCUGCUUCGGCUUCCAGCGCUUCCUCCUGCACGGGGCCGAGGAUGCAGGCGAAGGCUACGUGAUCCGGGGUCGGGGCAUGGGGCUGCGGCUCAUGGCCCUGCAGGGUGGCCGAGCUGAGCGGGCCCGGCCCGCGGACGGCUGCAAGCUGGUGCUGGCCGAGUCCCUGCCGGAGCAGGGGCAAAACCAGGUGGACACCUUCUUGGAGCAGCACGGCGGGGCCGGCGUCCAGCACAUCGGGCUCUACACCACGGACAUCGUCUCCACGGCCCGGACCCUGGCAGCGACCGGCGUGCAGUUUGUGGAGCCUCCCCGCACCUACUACAGUGAGGCGGGUAAGACGGAAGAGAUCCAGGGGGCUGGACAGGACCCCGGGGCGCUGGCACGGCACGGCAUCCUGCUGGACGCGGAGCUGGCUGGGGAGAGCCCUUCAGCCAGGAGGUACUUGAUGCAGAUCUUCACCAAGCCUUUCUUCCCCGAGGAGACCUUCUUCCUGGAGCUCAUCGAGCGCCGGGGGGCCUUGGGCUUCGGGGAGGGCAACAUCCGGGCCCUGUGGAAGUCUGUACAGGGCUACAUGGACCGGCAGCACUAGGACAACACCACGGCCUCACGAGGGGCCCGUGUUAGGCCAGGCCAGCAGUUCUAGGGGUGCCUUGCGGGUGGCGGGGAGAAGGGGAUGGAGGUCUGCAAAGCCCUCGGGCAGUCAGGCCCCUGGCCCGUGGCUUGCUUGUCCUCUUCCCCUCUCCCAGUGCCCAGGGGUCGAUCCUUAUCCAGUGCCAUGGCUCCCACGGAGGCUAUAAGUGGGUUGAGGGGCCCUUGGUUCACCCCCCUGGGAAGGCAGAAGGGCGGCUGGGGGGAGCCGACGUUCCCGGGGCCGCUCCAGCUGGGGCUGCACCAAUUUCUCACCAUUCCUGAGUCAUCGGGCGCUCACGGGGCUUUACUGCCCUCUCCACCCAGCCCGUGGGACAGCUCCCGUCUCAUGCAGCCUCUAGCAGGGUCCUGAGGCCAGGCCAGAGCAGAGCUCCAGGGAGGCUGAUGGCCAGGACGGGGCCCGUCCCUCCCGGGGCCACGGCCGGGGCUAGAAGCUACGUAAACCCUCCAGAGCCCCGUGAGCACCCGCUAGCCGCAGGGCUUCCCCUGGCUGGAGCCUGGAGGACUCCCAGGGCUGCAGAGGGGAAAGCAGGGCCCUGUAACCACACUCCUGCCCCGUCCUCGGGUCUCGGGAGCAGCUCGGCCCCAGCCUUGCCCGAAACAGCACAGCACCGCGCUGCUGUUCCCCAGCCCCCGGGGCAGGAGGGCAGCCCCUGCUCUGCCUUUGCCAGCACACACUCCUGCUCUUUCCUCCCACAGGGAAGACUUACCCCAUAAGGGCCAGGAACAUGUUGGUUACUUGAAUUACUGAAUUAAAAGUCAGAAAUGCUGC